CUGCCGGCAUAAUGGAACACUGAAUACGGGCGAGGUAUAAAGGGGUCGGGCGGUCCUGGUCGAGCGGCCUUGCCUUCAGCUAACUCUCCCUCUCACCCAGCUGUCCUUACUGGUACCCUCUCGCACAUCGCUUUGCGAGACUCGCCACCUUCCUUCAACUCCUCAAUCUCUGACGCGCUCGUUCCGCCAUGUCGACCAAGAUGUUCGCUGCUGUCGUCUCCGCUCUCUCCGCGCUCGCGCUCGUCGCCGCGGAGACCCACACGGUCAACUUCUACAACAACUGUGGGUACGGCACGCCCAUCCUGCGGAGCCAGAGCGGCGAAGUCCUCUCCCAAGGCGAGGACUACACGAGCGACGGCGCGCUCGACGGUGCCAUCGCGUACCUGCAGGCCGGCGGCUGCGGCGACAACGGCGAGCAGUGCACGCUCGUCGAGGUCACACUCACGAACGGCUGGAGCAGCGCCGACAUCUCGCUCAUCUCUCCGCAUGAGUUCUCGGUGACGAGUGGCUUCGGAUACUGGAACGGGUGCGACGGCACCGGUACCGAUUGUUCCUCGGAAAACUGUAACAACGCGUUCCACAACUCGGACGACAACGUCGUCCAGGUUGGCUGCUCGGCCGACGACGUCAACCUCGCCAUCACGUUCUGCGACUGAGAGGCGCAGACUUCAAUCAUGGUCCUGCUGUGCGGGACCCAUCUAUACUUAGACGUGCCCUGCUAGAGAGCAUAGAAUGCAUGAUAGAAAGUGUAUCCUUGAUUGGAUGUAUUAUUGGUAGAAUGUAG